AUGGUUAAUAUUCCCCAGUGUUUAUAUAGUCUCCAGCAGCAGUCUCAGGCCUUUCAGCACUGGGCUAGCUCCAGCACCAUGGCUGGCUUCUUCCAGAAGGUCCUGGCCUGCAGGAAAUAUCUCAUCCUAGUCUUGGUACCCCUCGUGUUUCUCCCUCUGCCUCUGGCUCUGCCUACCAAGGAGGCCGAAUGUGGUUACAUUAUCAUACUGAUGGCACUUUUCUGGUGCACAGAAGCUCUGCCAUUGGCUGUCACAGCUCUCCUGCCCGUCCUGCUGUUCCCACUAAUGAAUAUCAUGGAUUCAACAACAGUCUGUCAGGAAUACCUGAAGGACACCAAUAUGCUGUUUAUUGGAGGAUUGCUGAUGGCCAUUGCCAUUGAGAACUGGGACCUACACAAACGUGUGGCUCUGCGGGUCUUGCUUAUCACUGGGGUCAGACCAGCCCUACUUUUCAUGGGUUUCAUGUCUGUGACAGCUUUCCUGUCCAUGUGGAUCAGCAACACAGCCACCACUGCCAUGAUGGUGCCCAUAGCACAGGCAGUGCUGGAACAGCUGCACAAGUCUGAAAUAGAAUCCAACGCUGCUGGCCAAGCAUCAGAAAACAAAGCCUUUGAACUGCAGGAGGAGUCAAUCACAACUGUUAGCUCCAAAGAACUGGAGGAGAAAGAACUAGAGGAAAAAGGUUCUCAUGUCCUGACACUUGAGGAAGACAUAAAGAGAAAUGAAAAAGCAAUAGAGAAGAAACACAAGAAACUCUGCAAAGGAAUGUCUCUCUGUAUUUGUUACUCAGCCAGCAUUGGAGGGAUUGCAACUCUGACUGGGACAACACCAAACCUGGUGCUGCAAGGACAAUUAAAUAG